UUCCAAUAUGUCGUAUUUCAAUAAAGGUAUAGUUGCUGUUGGAAUUCUGUUAUUAGGUAAGUGGGAUAUACUGUUAACAGGAUGUCUGGAAGCUCUAGGGGAAACAUUUGUGAAUAUUCCCAAGACAACCCAUGUUUUAAGUCUGGAAAGAGUCGACUUCAAGUUCAAAUGGGUGGCGAGUGACGGAAGUAUACGAAAUGAAAACAACGGUGUCGAUACACUGGUAGAGGUAGCUGCAACUACUGGCGUGUCUGAAACUGCGCAUAUGAUUGGAUCCAAAAUCGUUGGGAAUAUGCUAAGAUAUGCGCCUGACAGCUACUUUGAGGCAUUGGCUAAUAAUGGUAGGGUGGGGUUCUUCCUACAGGCAGAGGGGUCAACCGUGUACCCUGAAUAUGUGCAUCUUAAAGAUAGGCCAGAAUGUGCAGGAAGAUGCAAUGAUGAUUGUUCAGACACGUGUAUUGAUGAUACACGAAAAUAUGAUUUACUACCGGGAAUAGGAGGCGUACGAGCAACAUGUGUCGAUGACAACCUCCUGUGCAAUAGCAGCGAUCCAUAUGGAUCAACAUAUAAUGUACUUAACCACGAGUUUGCCCACACCUACCACCAGUAUGGUUUACCCGAAGUCAUACAAAUACAAAUCUCAAUAGCCUAUCAAAAUGCAUAUGCUUUGGGAAUUUGGGACACUGAUUCAAAAGCUAUGGCCAAUGAUUUGGAGUAUUUUGCCGAAGCUAGUACCGUUUUCUUCAAUACAAACAAUCAUGGGAAUUUCUCAGGAGGCAUGAAUAGUUGCGGAAGACCUUCUGGUUUCUGUCAGAAUGAGGCUGAAGCAAGGGAUUGGCUAAAUUUUGCUGACAACGACAUCUACAACAUCCUGGUGGAGGUUUACACCGGCAAUCGACCGAUGUUACCGGGAGAUCUGGCCGUCUGCACAACAGUGAAUUGAAUUUAGAUGGAACUGUAUUCAUCAAUUUAACAUAAUGUGUGCUUUGUUUUAUUCAGCCGUCCUGUCUGAUAUACAUCUUAAAUAUAAGCAGAAUUGAGAAACCUUGGGACGGUUAAAAUUCAUCAUCAGAAACGACACACUUUUUGACACAGAAUUAAGAAUCCCCUUUCAUAAUGUCUGCAUUAAAAUGGCAAAUAUAAGCAAUUUGGAGGGUGAGAUUUUAGUCUUAGAAAUCAUUUCUGAAGAACAAAAACUUAAAGAUAACAGUUUGACCUCAUUCUGAUUUGUCAGUUUCUUUUUUCUAAAAAUACGCACGAGUGUCAGAGGGAAAGGGCCACAAAUAGUUACAGAAUCCAGCAAGAAAAAGAAAACAUCUAAGUGUACAUCAGCCAUAGGGAAAAUAAACCUCAACUAUCCUAAACUUACUCGAGUCUCUAGCCAAUUCUU